CAUUAGUGCAGACUGAGCUGUGGAGUUGGGUUCUUGCAGGAUUUCCUUCCAGCCUUUCCCCACUAAGGUUCUUGGGAAUUAAAAAAAAAAAAUCUAAACACACAAACCAAGUUUUCCUAUUUACAGUGUUUAGGGAAGGUAGGCACUUGGGGAAGGGCAGAUCCUUUCCUCAAGUUAUCCAAGAAGGAGGAGAAAACAGCGUCCAGAAGCUCUGAUUACAGAUCUUUGGAAUUUUCUUUGCUAAAUUUUACAAACGAGAAAUACACCCAGAAUUUUGGGAAUUGCUCCAGGCUGCGCGUGAGGGUUUGAUUGCUUGUCUAAUCUUUUUUCUUCUUCUUCUUUUUUCCUUUUUUCCUUUUUCUUUUUUUGAGGAGAGGAGAAUUCGCCAGAAGGGGUUUGGAUGGCAGAAGCCCGGCGGGCUUUCCGCGGCAGCUCCUGUUUUGCAGCCCUCCUCUGAGGGAGGUCUCUGCGCGGGAGCCCGGCCCCGGCUCCGUUUGCGGUGCCGGCCGGGGCGAAGAUGCCCCGCUCUGGCCGGAGGGGCAGGCUGGCCGCGGCGGCUUCCUAGCCCAGUGGGAAGUGCGGUCGUGGUUUGGGGAUACUUUUCACUGAACUGAACGCGAAGAGGCCGGACUCUCCUGGGCUUUCCCCCUUCGCAGUGAACAUGGGGAAGAAUUAGGGGGUGGGAGGGAGGCAGCAUGACUUGCAGUCGCUGCUGCCCUGCGUCUGCCCCCAGCCCCCAGCCAGCAUCUUGAUGAUCCACGUCUCGGCUGUACAAAUAUGAUGAAAUGGCAGCCCCGGAAGAAGGCAUACUUCCGACAGGGUGUUGCCCUCCAGUACCUCGGACGUCAUGCCGAUGCCCUGGCAGCGUUCGCAUCCGGACUGGCUCAGGACCCCAAGAGUCUCCAGCUUCUGGUGGGGAUGGUAGAAGCUGCCAUGAAGUCUCCCAUGAGAGACUCCCUCGAGCCCACUUAUCAGCAGCUUCAAAAAAUGAAACUGGACAAGAGUCCCUUUGUGGUCGUGUCUGUGGUCGGGCAGGAACUCCUGACAGCGGGCCAUCACGGGGCCUCUGUGGUUGUCUUAGAAGCUGCUCUGAAGAUUGGCACCUGCAGCCUCAAACUGAGAGGCUCUGUGUUCUCUGCCCUGAGCAGCGCUUACUGGUCUCUUGGAAACACAGAGAAGAGCACUGGAUACAUGCAGCAGGACUUGGAUGUAGCCAAGACCUUAGGUGACCAGACAGGAGAAUGCCGAGCUCAUGGGAAUCUCGGCUCUGCAUUCUUCUCCAAAGGAAAUUACCGGGAGGCGCUCACUAACCACCGGCACCAGUUGGUGCUCGCCAUGAAACUCAAGGAUCGAGAGGCAGCUUCGUCAGCCCUGAGCAGUCUGGGCCACGUGUACACGGCCAUUGGUGACUACCCCAAUGCCCUGGCCAGUCACAAACAGUGUGUCCUUCUUGCCAAGCAAUCCAAAGACGAGCUUUCGGAAGCCCGAGAACUCGGCAACAUGGGAGCAGUGUACAUCGCCAUGGGCGACUUCGAGAAUGCUGUGCAGUGUCACGAGCAGCAUCUGAAGAUAGCCAAGGACCUGGGCAACAAGCGAGAAGAGGCCCGGGCCUACAGCAACCUGGGCAGUGCCUAUCACUACCGGAGGAACUUUGACAAGGCCAUGUCUUACCACAACUAUGUGCUGGAGCUGGCACAGGAGCUGAUGGAGAAGGCCAUUGAGAUGCGGGCCUACGCUGGCCUGGGCCACGCUGCCAGGUGCAUGCAGGAUUUGGAGAGAGCGAAGCAGUACCACGAGCAGCAGCUGGGCAUUGCCGAGGACCUCAAGGACCGAGCCGCAGAAGGACGGGCAUCCUCUAACCUGGGAAUCAUACACCAGAUGAAAGGCGAUUAUGACACUGCACUGAAACUCCACAAGACUCACCUGUGCAUCGCCCAGGAGCUGAGCGACUAUGCCGCCCAGGGCCGUGCCUACGGGAACAUGGGUAACGCCUACAACGCGCUGGGCAUGUACGACCAGGCGGUCAAGUACCACCGGCAGGAGCUGCAGAUCUCCAUGGAAGUGAAUGACCGCGCCUCGCAGGCAUCCACGCACGGGAACCUCGCCGUGGCCUACCAGGCCCUGGGUGCCCACGACCGGGCCCUGCAGCACUAUCAGAACCACCUGAACAUUGCCCGGGAGCUGCGCGACAUCCAGAGCGAGGCCCGGGCCCUCAGCAACCUAGGCAACUUCCACUGCUCCCGGGGCGAGUAUGUCCAAGCCGCCCCCUACUAUGAGCAGUACCUCCGGCUCUCCCCGGACCUCCAGGACAUGGAGGGAGAAGGGAAGGUCUGCCACAAUCUCGGCUACGCCCAUUACUGCCUGGGCAACUACCAGGAGGCCGUGAAGUACUACGAGCAGGAUCUGGCGCUGGCCAAAGACCUUCACGACAAACUGAGCCAAGCGAAAGCUUACUGCAACUUGGGCCUGGCCUUCAAGGCUCUGCUGAACUUCAGCAAAGCUGAGGAGUGUCAGAAGUACCUGCUGUCCCUAGCCCAGUCCCUGAAUAAUUCUCAGGCUAAGUUCCGAGCCUUAGGGAACCUGGGCGAUAUAUUCGUCUGUAAAAAGGAUAUAAAUGGUGCAAUAAAAUUCUAUGAGCAGCAGCUGGGCUUAGCUCAUCACGUGAAGGACAGAAGACUGGAGGCCAGCGCAUAUGCAGCCUUGGGCACAGCGUACCGAAUGAUCCAGAAAUAUGACAAGGCCUUGGGUUACCACACGCAGGAACUGGAGGUCUAUCAGGAGCUGAGCGACCUGCCAGGGGAGUGCAGAGCCCACGGGCACCUGGCCGCUGUCUACAUGGCCCUCGGGAAAUACACAAUGGCUUUCAAAUGUUACGAAGAGCAGCUGGACCUUGGGCAGAAGCUGAAGGAUCCAAGUCUAGAAGCCCAGGUCUAUGGCAACAUGGGCAUCACCAAGAUGAACAUGAAUGUGAUGGAAGAAGCCAUCGGCUACUUCGAGCAGCAGCUGGCCAUGCUGCAGCAGCUAAGCGGGAACGAGUCUGUGCUGGAUAGGGGCCGGGCCUACGGCAACCUGGGGGAUUGCUACGAGGCCCUGGGUGACUACGAGGAAGCCAUCAAGUACUAUGAACAAUAUUUAUCUGUGGCCCAGAGUCUGAAUCGCAUGCAAGACCAAGCCAAGGCUUACCGGGGCCUAGGAAACGGACACAGGGCGAUGGGGAGCUUGCAGCAGGCCCUGGUGUGCUUUGAAAAGAGGCUCGUGGUGGCCCACGAGCUGGGGGAGGCCUUCAACAAAGCCCAGGCCUACGGAGAGCUGGGGAGCCUGCACAGCCAACUAGGGAAUUACGAACAGGCCAUCUCCUGCCUGGAGCGCCAGCUGAACAUCGCCAGGGACAUGAAAGACCGUGCUCUGGAGAGCGACGCGGCCUGCGGCCUGGGGGGCGUGUACCAGCAGAUGGGGGAGUAUGACACGGCCCUGCAGUACCACCAGCUCGACCUGCAGAUCGCUGAGGAGACCAACAACCCCACGUGCCAGGGCCGCGCCUACGGGAACCUGGGCCUGACCUACGAGUCUCUGGGCACCUUCGAGAGGGCCGUGGUCUACCAGGAGCAGCACUUGAGCAUCGCGGCCCAGAUGAACGACCUGGUGGCCAAGACGGUGUCCUACAGUAGCCUCGGGAGGACCCAUCAUGCUUUGCAGAACUACUCCCAGGCGGUCAUGUACUUACAGGAAGGUUUAAGGUUAGCUGAGCAACUGGGCCGAAGAGAAGACGAAGCCAAAAUUCGCCACGGGCUUGGCCUCUCCCUCUGGGCUAGCGGGAACCUGGAGGAGGCUCAACACCAGCUCUACAGGGCAUCGGCCUUGUUUGAAACCAUCCGGCACGAGGCACAGCUGAGCACGGACUACAAGCUCUCCCUCUUCGACCUGCAGACGUCCUCCUACCAGGCCUUGCAGCGGGUGCUCGUCAGCCUGGGCCACCAUGACGAGGCCCUGGCUGUGGCCGAGAGAGGGCGGACGAGGGCGUUUGCGGAUCUCCUGGUAGAACGACAAACAGGACAACAGGACUCGGACCCCUACUCCCCAGUCACUAUCGAUCAGAUCUUGGAGAUGGUGAAUGGCCAGCGAGGACUGGUGCUGUACUAUUCUCUGGCCGCGGGCUACCUGUACAGCUGGCUGCUGGCUCCUGGGGCAGGAAUCCUCAAGUUCCACGAGCACUACCUGGGUGACAGCGCCAUGGAAAACGCCGGGGACUUCCAGGCCGGCAGCAGCGCCAACCUCCCGGCAGCCACCAGCUCGGCCCUGGAGCAGCACAUCGCCAGCGUGCGGGAGGCGCUGGGCGUGGAGUCUUACUACUCCAGGGCCUGUGCCAGCAGCGAGACCGAGAGUGAGGCGGGGGACCUCAUGGACCAGCAGUUCGAAGAGAUGAACAACAAGCUCAACUCGGUGACGGACCCCACCGGCUUCCUGCGGAUGGUUCGCCGCAACAACCUCUUCAACAGGAGCUGCCAGAGCAUGACGAGCUUGGCCAGCAACACGAUGUCGCCCACCAAGGACGGGACCUCCUCUCUCCCCCGGAGGCAGAGCUCCUUCGCCCGGCCCCCGCUCCGCGCUCUGUACGACCUGCUCAUUGCGCCCAUGGAAGGGGGCCUGAUGCACUCCAGCGGCCCUGUGGGCCGGCACCGGCAGCUGGUCCUGGUUCUGGAGGGGGAGCUCUACCUCAUGCCUUUCGCCCUCCUGAAAGGAAGCUCCUCCAACGAGUACCUGUAUGAACGCUUCACCCUCAUCGCUGUCCCGGCCAUCCGCGCCCUCGGCCCGCAGUCCAAGACUCAUCUGAGGAAAACCCCGCCCACCUACUCCAGCUCCACCUCCAUGGCAGCUGUCAUUGGCAACCCGAAGCUCCCGUCAGCAGUGAUGGACAGGUGGCUGUGGGGGCCGAUGCCAUCAGCCGAAGAGGAAGCCUAUAUGGUGUCAGAGCUUCUGGGCUGCCAGCCCCUGGUAGGCAGUGUGGCCACCAAAGAGCGGGUCAUGAGUGCCCUGACCCAGGCUGAGUGUGUCCACUUUGCCACCCACAUCUCUUGGAAACUCUCCGCCUUGGUCCUCACGCCCAGUGUGGAUGGCAACCCUGCCAGCAGCAAGAGCUCCUUCGGCCACCCCUACACAAUCCCCGAGUCCCUGCGGGUGCAGGACGACACCAGUGAUGGGGAGAGCAUCUCGGACUGCCCACCCCUGCAGGAGCUGCUGCUCACAGCUGCCGACAUCCUGGACCUGCGGCUUCCAGUGAAGCUGGUGGUCCUCGGCUCCUCUCAGGAGUCCAGCAGCAAAGUCACAGCCGAUGGGGUCAUCGCGCUGACACGGGCCUUCCUGGCUGCGGGUGCACAGUGCGUCCUCGUGUCUCUGUGGCCUGUGCCGGUGGCUGCUUCCAAGAUGUUUCUCCAUGCCUUCUACUCGUCCCUGCUCAACAGCCUGAAAGCCAGCGCAGCCCUGGGAGAGGCCAUGAAGGCGGUGCAGAGCAGCAAGGCCUUCUCGCACCCCUCCAACUGGGCAGGGUUCAUGCUCAUCGGGAGUGACGUGAAGCUGAACAGCCCCUCCUCACUUGUCGGCCAGGCCCUCACGGAGGUCCUGCAGCACCCGGAGCGGGCACGGGACGCCUUGCGAGUGCUGCUGCACUUGGUGGAGAAGUCCCUGCAGCGCAUUCAGAACGGGCAGCGCAAUGCCAUGUACACAUCCCAGCAGAGUGUGGAGAACAAAGUGGGUGGCAUCCCCGGCUGGCAGGCCCUCCUCACCGCUGUGGGCUUCCGGUUGGACCCCCCAGCCAGUGGCCUGCCAGCAGCUGUCUUCUUCCCAACCUCCGACCCAGGCGACCGGCUGCAGCAGUGCAGCAGCACCAUCCAGUCCCUGCUGGGUCUUCCCAACCCUGCCCUCCAAGCCCUCUGCAAGCUCAUCACUGCCUCGGAGACGGGCGAGCAGCUCAUCAGCCGGGCUGUUAAAAAUAUGGUUGGAAUGCUCCAUCAGGUGCUGGUCCAGCUACAGGCCUGCGAGAAGGAGCAGGACUUUGCUCUGGCUCCCAUUCAAGUCUCCAUCAGUGUCCAGCUGUGGCGGCUCCCGGGAUGUCACGAAUUCCUGGCGGCUCUAGGUUUUGAUCUCUGUGAAGUUGGUCAAGAGGAAGUAAUCCUGAAAACUGGGAAACAAGCCAGUCGAAGAACCAUGCACUUUGCACUCCAGUCCCUGCUCGCCCUUUUUGAUUCCACUGAGUUGCCCAAGCGCCUCAGCCUUGACAGCUCGUCUUCCCUGGAGUCCCUGGCCUCUGCCCAGUCUGUCUCCAAUGCCCUGCCCUUGGGCUACCAGCACCCUCCUUUCUCUCCCACCGGGGCAGAGAGCAUCGCUUCGGACGCCAUCUCUGUGUACAGUCUGAGCUCUAUCGCCUCCUCAAUGAGCUUUGUCUCUAAGCCUGAGGGUGGGUCAGAAGGUGGAGGUCCCCGAGGACGGCAGGACUAUGACAGGUCCAAGAAUGCUUACCCACAGCGAUCCACCCUGCCUCGGAGCCAGCUAUCCCACCAGACCCGCCCUCCAGGCAGCAAAGAUGAAGAAGAAUAUGAAGGGUUUUCCAUCAUUAGCACUGAGCCUUUGGCAGCCUACCAAGAAAACAGAAAGACACGCUUCUCACCAGAUUACAAACAGUCCCGAGUAGGGACAACUGGAGGUGUGAAAGUUUCUAUAAGCUCCAAGGGGAGCAUAAGCACUCCAAAUUCUCCAGUUAAAAUGACUCUGAUUCCCAGCCCAAACUCACCCUUCCAAAAGGUUGGAAAACUAGCAAGUUCAGAUACAGGAGAAUCAGACCAGUCUAGCACAGAAACAGAUAGCACUGUGAAAUCCCAAGAAGAAAGCAACCCAAAGCUGGAUCCACAAGAGUUGGCCCAGAAAAUUCUAGAGGAGACACAAAGUCAUCUUAUUGCAGUGGAACGUCUUCAGAGGGGUGGCAGUCAGAGCGGCAAGAAUAACCCAGAAGAUGGCAUUUCCAUGCCAAAUAACGCUGCCGUCUUCAGAGCAUCAGAAACAAGUGCGUUCAGCAGGCCUACCCUCUCCCAUCAGAAGAGUCAGCCAUCACCAAUUACUGUUAAACCAAAGCCCCCGGCCAGAAGCUCAUCCCUGCCCAAGGUGAGCUCAGGAUACAGCAGCCCCACCACCUUGGAGGCGUCCAUCAAAGACAGCCCGAGCCAGCACAGUGGCCGCCCGUCUCCCGGCUCUGAUUCCCAGACUUCCCUGACCGACCAGCCUCUCUUUAAACUGAAGUAUCCCAGCUCUCCUUACAGUGCCCACAUUUCCAAAUCGCCAAGGAACAUGUCCCCCAGCUCAGGCCACCACUCUCCUGCUGGUAGUGCACCGUCCCCAGCUCUCUCCUAUUCCUCAGCUGGUUCCGCUCGCUCGAGUCCAGCUGAUGCCCCCGACAUUGACAAACUGAAAAUGGCAGCCAUUGAUGAAAAGGUGCAGGCUGUGCACAACCUGAAGAUGUUCUGGCAGAGCACACCCCAGCAUUCCACAGGACCCAUGAAAAUAUUCCGGGGGGCCCCUGGAACGAUGACUUCCAAAAGAGAUGUCCUCAGUCUGUUAAAUCUGUCACCCCGGCACAACAAGAAGGAGGAAGGCGUAGACAAGCUUGAACUCAAGGAGCUGUCUUUGCAACAACACAGAGAACCACAGAAAGCCCCUCCCAACGGACACUGGCGCGGCGAGGCCACCACGUUGAGCACGCUGCCACCACCCGCCGGCCCUCCUGCUGCAGCCCCCACACGCCCUUUGAGACUUCCUUCCGGCAAUGGCUACAAGUUUCUGUCCCCAGGAAGGUUUUUUCCUUCCUCUAAAUGCUAAGGCAUCUUUGUGCCCGGGACUCAGGGCAGCAGCCUGCAGAGGACCUGUCGUUCGCUUGCCUACUCCUUGUCUGAGUGCAGUCGGUCACCUCUCUCACAAAGGGUGCGCUCCAGGCAAGGGCACCGCCACGCCCGGACAUCACCACACACACACACAUGGUGCUUCCCUGGGCCAGGUUCACCAAAAGCCAGGGCUCCUGUGGGAUUGGUACAGGAGGCUCAUGGAAUUUUCUCCACACUUCACCAAAUGUUUACCUUGAACUCUCUGCUUCUCAUCUUUGAUGUGAUUCUUCAACAGGUUUUUUGUAUUAAAAAUGGCCAGGGUUCUGGGGUGGGGAAAGGAAAGGGAGCACAUAUUUUGCUAAGAGGUAUAUAUGCAGUACCUUUUAUACACAGAAAUACAAAUACAAAUAGAGGUUUUUUAAGGCUUUCAGGUGCUGGCUGGGGGUGGGAUAUAUAAAAUCUCUCUUAACUUGAAUUCUACAUGAAAAUGUUAUAUUAGCCAAAAACAGAAUAAUGGUUUAAAAAAUGCCAAUGAUUUUAAAUUGUAGCAGUUUUGGUCUCAUGAUAUUGUAACAUCACAGUAACAAUGCAAUAAUUCACAUCAAAACAGCGUUUCCAUCCUGAACUUGGUUUUGUUGAGCUCUACAAAUACCCUUGGGGCCCAAUGUCAACCAAACUUGAAUUUUUAAAAAAAAUUUAUAUAACUCUUAUCCAGGCAUUUCAGAACUAUGCAAUUGCAAUUUAAAAAUGCAACUUUGUGCUUUUAAAACAUUACUGACUUUUUUGUAUGUGGAUAAACAACUUGGUUUUAUUAUCAAUAGUACUUUGCACUUAUAGCUAUUAUUUUUAAAAGCUCUUAGAAAGUUUUUUAAAAUGUCAAAUUUUGAAUAGUCAUCAAUAAGUAAUUAUCAAGCUUUGGGGUGGAAAGACUGAAGUUAUUCAGUUUCCUUAUAAGCAAAAAAGAAAAAGAAAAAGAAAAAAAAAAUCCUCUGGCUAACUAGAUUUAACCAGAAUCUAGCCUUCCAGCUCCUAUUCACUUUAUUAGCUGCUUAAUUUUAUUAUCUUUUCCCAUCUCCAGGCCUCUAAAACCACUUCUAACUCUGUUGCCAGGUUCCCACAAUCCCAGCAUCCCAUGUCUGUGAGCCCACAGGGACUCUCAUCUUAGCUGUGACCGGAGCCCCUGCUCCUAUGGCUGAAGGACAAGCCCCCUCUGCUCCUACAGAAGGUCCACAGCCUGAGAAGCAGGGCCUUCGGUGGGGUUUACAUCCAAACACUGCUGAAUAGGGAAACACACAUCUCUGAAGGUGUCGCCAGCUGGGAAGAGACAAAAUAAGUCUAGAGAGGGGUGACAUUUUAACAUAUCUGAAUAAAGAAAUGAAAUGUUGGAAGUCCUCUCGGGACUAAGUUGAAUUGGAGAAUUUAAAGCCUCUCUUAGGUAAUUCUAAAAUGAAAAGCCUGCCAUCCGCACUCUGAGGAUAUAUGUGUAUCACACAAAGGUGAGCUUCCCCGGGGCACCAGCAGCACAGGGAGGGAGUGGACAUGAGGGCCCUGGCAGAGGACAGGAACAUCAAGUCCCACAGGGAGAGUUUUUAACCUUGGGUAGGAUCUCACUUUAUAAACAUACACUGACAACUUGCCCUGUUCCCUCAGUGUACUCUGAAAAGAGGAAUGGAUAAUAUUUAUUCAAUUUGUGUUAAUUAUUCUCUGCUAUGUCAUAGAGGUUUUUGCAUUUAACCUAACAGCCAUGCCCACAAAGCAAACAAUAAGGCUGUCCCAGUCUAACCCUGAUCUAAUAUUGGAAGAGAAAUAACUUUAUAAAGAAGCGAGCAAUUAUAAGGUUAUCUUUAUGUCAGUAGGAAAAAUAGCAAGUGGUAAUAAAAGUACUAGUGUAGCAAAUGAAAGCCAAGUGUAUAGCACUGUGCAUUAGAUAAUAAAAUCAGGUUCUCAAUUAUGAAAACUAAACCUCAAAGUAAAUUUCUGAAUCUAUAUGUAGAUAGUUGGGCUGUUCCUUUCUUAGCAAAUCUCAGCCUCUUUCCCAAGUGCCAAGGAGCCCUGGACAAAAGGCCUGGGGUCUGAGCUGUCCAUGAGGACAAGGCUGCUGCCCCAUUUGCCCACCUCUAGCUCAUGCCCUCCACCACACCACACUGCUGCCUGUGGUUAGCGAGCCAGCGAGGAGAAUUCCUGGACCCUAACUUGGUUUCAGUCCUAUGUACAUUGUUACAGGUUUCAUGUUGAAAAGCCAAAUGGUAUAUGUGGUUUUUGUUGUUGUUCUGGAUAUAAACUACAAUGAGGGAAAGCUGAGAUGAUGAAAUAAUAGGACCAAACAAAAAAUCAUGCUAGAAUCAUUGCUUCUUUAUGUUUACUGUCACUCUUGGUGUUUUUCUACAGGAAUAAAAUGGAUGUAAAAUCAGAGUGAAUUUUUCAGGCUACACUGAGGAAAAAAAAAGUGUGCACUUAAAAAUUGUGGGAUUGGGUAAUUCACAGAUUUCUUUGUACAGCUCAAAAGUUGGCAAACUAUAACCCACAGGCUAAAUCUGGUCAGAGGCCUACUGUUUUUUUUUUUUUUUUUUGUUUUGUUUUGUUUUAUAGCCAUGAGCUAGGAAUGGAUUUUACAUUUUUAAAUAGUUAUCUAAAUACCCACAUAAUAUUCUUGAUUUUUUCCUCUUGGCCCACAAAGCCUAAAAUAUCUAAAUACCUGGCCUUUUAAGAAAGUUUGCCGACGCCUGGUAUAGAUAACAGAAAACACAAUUAGAAUAAUGUGUUGAUUCUACAAUCAAGGGGAAUUGUCAGAUUACAGACAAAAUCGAUUGGCUUUCAUGAGAACUCUGAGUCACAUGGUGAGAAGCGAAUGACUGCUCCAUGCAGUCUUUGGCUUUUUGCUUCACUUUGGAAGGAGUCCAUGGAUAUGAGUAAAAUUUACAAAAAUUUUUCUUCUCCAUAUGCAAAUCCCAUUGGAUACAAUUAGAUUUCAGCUCAGGAAACUGGAAUUCCCUGCCCCUACUAUAUAUUCAUCAGAUGCAAAUACACUGAACACAAGCAAUAAAAUCUCCCUUUCCUAGAAACCUUGGUAUGACCACAAAGCAAGGUAGUAUAGUCUACCUUAAUUCUCACCAGUGAACUACUUAACUACUUUGCCUUUUAACUAAGUCAAAAUACCAAGACACAAUUAGCUACUAGAAUUUACAUUAGUGUGUAGUAAAAUCAAAAAAUUCUCACCUCCAUCCAUUUGAAAAAAAUUAUGGUUCACACUGAUACUCGCUGGGUCUCAGCAGACCAGGUGCUGCACACACUGUCCCUCUCCUGACCUUGUCCCAGUGACUCUCAGUAGGUGAGCAAGUCUCAGUAUGGUGCCUCCUGUCCCGCCACCUCCCACCACAAGGGGAACUGUCACUUCGUUAGUUUCACUUCAGGCUGGAAAAAAUACCACCCGAUAAUCUGGUUUUUUAGUAAGUAGGCAGAAAGUGAAAAUUGUAUAAUAUUUCAUCACAUAUUUUGUUGUUUUAUCUAAAAUGAUUGUAUAUGUGGUUUGUGAACUGGGUCCUCGUUUGUACCAGAUCCUUCAAAGAUAUUCCAUGUAAGGACACAUGUGGUCAUCUCUCCCUUCCACAGAUCCCUUCCCCACUUGGCACUCACACCCGUUGUAUGCAGAGUUAGCCAUCUUUGGCCUAUGUGGACAUUUUUGUAAAUUACAGUUUCCAGAUGGCAUUAAACUUUUUAUAUUAUGAAAUUUAUCAUGUAAAAAGAACUUCAUAUUUUUAUUGAGAUUGCUAAGGCACUUGGCCUUCUUUUGUGAUUUCAGUGUCUAUUAAAGCAUGAGUUCCCUCGG